UAGGUACCAGGCGGAGAGUCUUUCAACAUCAGACGGUGAUUGACCAGUCUGGAGACGUACAGCUACAACUAUGAACUACCCCUUAACCCUGGACAUGGACCUCAUGAAUGACAGCCUGGAGGACCUGUACAAGGAGUUAAGUAACUACAGAGACAGCACGGAGACAUCCCCAGUGGAAAAUCACAUCUGCUCCACAGUCGAGGGGCCUCUUCUGACCUCCUUUAAGGCCAUAUUCAUGCCUGUGGCUUAUGGCCUCAUCUUCCUCCUGGGUAUGAUGGGCAACAUCCUGGUGCUGGUGAUCCUGGAGCGGCACCGGCAGACCCGCAGCUCCACCGAGACCUUCCUGUUCCACUUGGCAGUGGCUGACCUCCUGCUGGUCUUCAUCCUGCCCUUCGCUGUGGCUGAGGGCUCUGUGGGCUGGGUCCUGGGCACCUUCCUCUGCAAAACUGUGAUUGCUCUGUACAAGAUCAACUUCUACUGCAGCAGCCUACUCCUGGCCUGCAUCGCUGUGGACCGCUACCUGGCCAUCGUCCAUGCCGUCCAUGCCUACCGCCACCGCCGCCUCCUCUCCAUCCACAUCACCUGUGCAGUCAUCUGGCUGGCAGGCUUCUUCUUCGCCUUGCCAGAGAUUCUCUUCGCCAAGGUCAGCCAACCCCAUCACAAUGACUCUCUGCCACGCUGCACCUUUUCCCAAGAAAACCAAGCUGAAACCAAUGCCUGGUUCACCUCCCGCUUCCUCUACCAUUUUGGAGGGUUCCUGCUGCCAAUGCUGGUGAUGGGCUGGUGCUACGUAGGGGUGGUACACAGGCUGUGCCAGGCCCAGAGGCGCCCUCAGCGGCAGAAGGCAGUCAGGGUAGCCAUCCUGGUGACAGGUGUCUUCUUUCUCUGCUGGUCACCCUACCACAUUGUCAUUUUCCUGGACACCCUGUCAAGGCUGAAGGCCAUGGGCAGCAGCUGUGAGAUGAAUGACUACCUCUCCGUGGCCAUCACCAUGAGUGAAUUCCUGGGCCUGGCCCACUGCUGCCUCAAUCCCAUGCUCUACACUUUUGCUGGAGUAAAGUUUCGUAGUGACCUGUCACGGAUUCUGACCAAGCUGGGCUGUGCUGGCCCUACUUCUCUUUGCCAGUUCUUCCCUAGUUGGCGCAAGAGUAGUCUCUCUGAGUCAGAGAAUGCCACCUCCCUCACCACCUUCUAGGUCUCAGCCCCCCUCUGUUCCUGCUUUCCUCAGGGGAUGUGUGUAUGCUGGAAUCCCUUCCAAUAGGAGCUGGGGUCCUAAGAGCUCACUUUGCCCACUGUCCUCAUAUAGGGCAGCUAGAUGAACCAACCCUUCUUUCCAGGACAUCCCUGCCAGCUUCCAACCCCAGGGCUAGGCUAGAGUCCAGGGAGGGUAAAGCAGCCCAAAGGGAAGAAGAGGAUACCUAUGCCCAUCUGCAUUAUCUUGGGCUGAGAAGACUUCACAUACCUUCUCUCAUCUUAACCAUCCAAAGCUCAAGAAAUCUUACUUCUGUCUUCAUCAAUAUGGAAAGUCAUUUCCCUUCCAGAAUACAUACUCCAGUCAUCUUAUGGGCCACUGACUUCCACAACUACCCACCUGUCCUCUUACCCCACUGGCUGAAAUAAGCUAGAAGCUGAGCACCAGGGGAUAAAUGGAGGUUAAGACCAAGGAAAGGCCAGCUGGCAACAGAGAGUGGCCUUAACAUAUUUUAGCCCCUAACAAACACAGACAUUCUGCCAGGCCAGCAGCCCUGCAGUAUCUUGAUGAAGCAAGACGCUCAGACUGAACCAGUUCAGGUAGCUGCCCCUGACUCUGGGCCAGCUCCAUGUCACUGGGCCCUGGGAGGUCUGCAGACCGAGGGCAGACUCCAUGUAACCUCAGAGACUAGCCAGUGUCUUAGGGAAGAACUAAGGCUGAGCCAGGAGAGAGGAACCCAACCGGGGAGAAAGGAGGCACAAGUGUAAACCGGAGCCAGCAGCCGUCUUCUCUGCCCAGAGUGGAGAGCUUCCAAGACUGGCCAGGGGUGGCAGGAUCCAGAGCCCUGGUGGGUCUGUGCACUGAUGGGGAAGGAGGCAGACUCAUUCCUCCCUGCCCCCUUCUCAUAAGCUACACAGCCAGGGGAAACUCCUCCAGCAGCAGAGGGGUCCAAAUCACAGUAGAGGAAGUACUUGGCUAAGAGUCAGAAUCAAUAGGUAGACCCCUUGAGGAGAAGGACAGAGAGAGGCCUCUGAGGGGACUCUCAUCCAACCCCUGCCUGAAGAUCAAGCCCAGGGAGGGCACCCUGUCUCUCUGCACCUCAAUAAGAGCUACCUGAGGCAUCCCCUUGGGUUGGAUAGUGUGAGAAGCAGCCCUGGGCAGGGAAGUCCCCAGGCCCCAGGAAGCGGGGCUCUGCCCUUGAGAGGUAUACUACUCAGAUGGAACCAGGGGAAGCUGCUCCACGCUCGCUCGCCUGCCCACUGGCCCACCUGCCCUGAGGGAGGCUCUCCCUCCCUCUGCCCCAGCCUUUGGUCUGGCUGGAGUGGGACAGCAGGGCCCCUUGACUUGUUGAAGGCACAUCUGGGUUACCCACUCCCACUCAAGCCAAUUAACCAAGCUCCCUAGGAGGCCCCCACAAGGAAAGUCAGAGCUGUGACCCAGGGCCUUCACUGCAGAAUCUUGGGAAAGUCCUGGGGUCCUCCUUUUCUCUCCCGGCAUCUAACAGCAAGCUGGGCAGUGGAAGAGCCAGACACGGAAGCAAACAGGCAAAAGGCUGGAUUUUUAAUUUUCUCUUUUUAAUAAAAAGGCACCUAUAAAACAGGUCAAUACAGUACAGGCAGCACAGAGACCCCCGGAACAAGCCUAAAAAUUAUUUCAAAAUAAAAACCAAGAGGAUGUCUUCACA